UAGUGUUGUUGGGCUUUCUUUAUUUCUUGGGCUUUCGGUGCAUGGACCACAGUAGGUUCACAGGUUUAUGUAAAGAUGACCUCAAGAAAAGCAACAGAAUCCCCAGUAGAAUUCUAUAGAAAUGGAGGACAACACUAUAACAGAAGAUUCUGAAUGUGUUGCAGAGAUUGAGCAGCGUGUUCCACGGAACUCACUGAUCCAGGUUUGGAAGAGAAGCUUGACAACUUCUGGGGUCGGUUUCUAUGAGCUGAAGAUUGAUCCCAACUACCCAAGUAAAAUCACUGGCUGUAAUGAACAAGGCGAUAGAGAACAACUUUUACGUUACACUACUCAAUCAGCCGGUUGUAGAAUUUCAUUAUAUGAUGAGAAGCCGAAGGGUGUCAUCAGCAGAGUAUUCAAGAAGAACAGGGCUGAAAUCAGUCCUAAUAUAUCUUAUUACUCUGCAGAUGAAUACCCACAAAGAGAUUUUGCUCUAAGCUGUGGCAUUCGAACUUCUUUCUGUUUCCCUUGGUAUAAUACUUUUGGAUGUCUAGGCUUACCAGAGGGUGUUGUUGAAUUUGUCUCAUCUCUUGACCAAGACCUUGAAACAAUUACAUGUUACUGUCGCUCUCUCGAGGGUUACAAAUUCUAUGUGUCGAGCAGCCUACUAUUUUGUGGAAGAAUGAAUAGUCAAGCAUUUGCAAUCCCGGAAAUAGAUCACUUGUUGGAGAGGGUAUUUCAAACAUUCAAGGUACCUGUCGCUCAAUACUGGAUUUACAGUGACCUGUCUGAAACCUUUAGAGUGGUACAUCAAUUUAGCAGUAGAGAGUUUGAAAAUUUAGCAUCCUGGUGGGAGUUCAAAGAUGUUUGUUUACACAUGCCCUUGAAGAAGUAUGAAGGUCUCGUUGGCACCAGAUAUUUCUCCCAUGAAUCCUGUUUCUUCAGAGAUAUAACAGAACUCAGCAUUGAUGAUUACCCCUUCAAACACUAUGCACAAAAGUGCGGGUCAAUUGCUUCUUUUACAAUACGCCUGCAUAGCCCUUACCCGCCAUCCAAAGCUUAUGUGCUUGAGUUCCUUUUUCCCUCUCAAGGAAAUGAUAGUUAUCACCCUCAAACCUUGUUGAACUCUUUGUUGGUCGAAAUGAAGGAACAUCUUCCAAAUUUUAUGCUCACUUCAGGAGAACAAUUGGUACAUGUGUCAUCAGUUAAAGUUAUCAACAUUUCGACCCUUGAAAACCCCAAGUCUUUCGAUAUUGGUCAACCUGAUAGCUCUCUUCCUCGGCAUGAAGGCUUACUGUAUACUCACACUAUGAAAUUGUUUAAAGAUGGUACAGAACAAAGUAGUAACUUAACUUCAUAUGAAGAAGCUGCCACUGGGGAAACGUCGAAAAGAACACCGAGUGAAGUCCCAGAGAUUGUUCAUUUGGAUGAAUCAGAACAAGAAUCAGAUAUCUUGUGUACUGAACAUCGAUCUUUUUCUUCUCAACACAAGAAACUUAAAAAUAUCUUGGAACAUAAUUGGAAUGCAGCAGAGAUGGAUCUUUCAGCUAUGGAAAUGACUUUGGAAGAGGCUUCAAAGCUCAAAAAGCAUGCUAUGACUGCUGAUAGAGUAAACGAACAGGUAGAAGAAUCACCUAUGAGUAACAAACACAUUGGGCGUGCCAUGACUACCGCAUCUCAGCCUACCAUGAAAUUGUUAGCUCAACAUCAAAAAGAAUUUAUAGUACCAGAUGAUAACUCAAAAAAGAAAUUUAUAUUGUUGGAAGACGAUACAACCAUCCAUGUCGAGAAUAAAACAUCAAUGGAGGCUCAUACAUCAGAAAGUGAGAGAAAAUCCGAGAAAACUAUCAAUUUUGAGAGUCUUAGUAAACAUUUUGGAAGACCACUAGACGACGCAGCAGCAAGCUUUGGUGUUAGUCGAUCUACAUUCAAGCGCCUAUGUAGAGAUUAUGGUAUUAAGAGGUGGCAAAAUAGAAAGAGAAGGAUGGAUGGCGACGUAUCUUCUAAGCUCACAACAAAACUAAAGAACGAGGAACCAAGUAUAAGAAACUUUUCUUAUUCAGGCACUACUCCUGUGCAGGAUACAAUUGUGGCUCGUACAGGCCAGGAGUUGAAUGAGAUGACCGUAAAGGUCACUUAUAAUGGCAUUAACAUAAGGUUUAAACUACCUGGUUCAUCAGGAAUGGCAGAAUUAGAGAACAAUGUGAUUGAGAGGCUGCACUUGGAGAGGAAAAGUUUCAGUAUCAAAUACCAAGAUGACGAGGAGGAUUGGGUUUUAAUUGCUUGUGACAGGGACGUGUGGGAAUGUAUGCAACUCGCCAGAUCGUUGAAAAAAUCAACAAUUAAGCUGUUGCUUGAUCUGCCCAUUCAUCAUCAUGCACCUUGAAAACAGAGGGCCUCUUUUAUUUUUAUUUUUAAGAAAUUUGUGUUUGAGUUGAGAAUUUAUGUGAUGAUUAGCAUUCUAUUUUGCUAUAGCAGUAUGUAGGUCUCAGCACUUUGCAUGGUUUGCAUACUAGCACGAGGCUUUCUUUUUCGUUGUUGUUUAUGACAAGAUGUAAUUCACUUGAAUACAUAUAAACGAAAUCCAGAGUCCCUGUUCAA